AGUAUUAUCAGAUAGGGAAAUGACAAUUGUGUCAGCUCCAGUGGUGAACUUUCUACCGGUUUUAGACAGCUACAAACUACCAGUCAUAGACAGCUACAAGAGAGUCUCCACCAGCGGCUUCCCUCAAGCACUAUGCACUUUCCCUGAACUUCUUCUGCCAGGCAAAUGCUCACGGGCAACAUUUCUCCACGUUGGCCAAGUUUCAGAUGAACACCAUGGAUCAGAACGAGCCAGAGAGGCAAAAUUCUCCUUUCCAACCAGCAGAACCUGACAGUGGCAGUGUAAAUACUGGUUCAGAUGUCAUGGCACCAAGUGCUGGUCCCAGCUGCACCAUCAGCGUUGAAGGGAUAUCCUAUACCGUCAGCGAGCGCAUUGGACCCUGGUGGGACAUACAGUCAUAUUAUAAAAAGUGGAGCAGGCAAAUCCUGAAAGAUGUUUCCUUCUACCUAGAGAGUGGGCAAAUCAUGGCAAUUCUAGGGAACUCCGGAUCUGGGAAGACAACGCUGCUAGAUGCCAUGUCUGGAAGAAUAGGCCAUAAAGGAACCUUGCUAGGCGAAGUCUACGUCAAUGGAUCCCAGCUAAAGAAAGAGCAAUUCCAAAACUGCUUCUCUUAUGUCCUACAGCACGACACCCUGCUGAGUUACCUGACGGUGAAAGAAACUCUGACAUACACAGCCCUGUUGGCGCUCCAAAGGCACUCGAAACAAGCAAUAAAGGAAAAGGUAGAGUCAGCCAUGACUGAGUUGAGCCUCAUGCAAGUUGCAAACAGCGUCAUUGGGGGUCGUAUCUUUAAUGGCAUAUCCAGUGGUGAAAGACGCCGUGUUUCUAUAGCUGCCCAGCUCAUUCAGGAUCCCAAGAUCAUUUUACUUGACGAACCAACUACUGGUUUGGAUUCAAUGACUGCCAAUCAAAUCGUCCUACUUCUUUCGGAACUUGCACGUAAAGACAGGAUAGUCAUUAUCUCUAUUCACCAGCCUCGCUCAGAACUUUUCAAGGUUUUUGAUAAAAUUGCUAUCAUGAGCUUGGGAGAACUUAUUUUCUGCGGUAACCCGGAGGAAAUGAUUUCGUUUUUUGACGGCUGCGGCUAUGAGUGCCCCCAACACUCCAACCCAUUUGAUUUCUAUGUUGAUCUGACCUCUGUGGAUACGCGGAGUAAAGAGCGUGAACUGGAGACUUACAGCAGAUCUCAGUCGAUUGCCUCUGCGUAUAAAAACUCUGAUUUUUAUAACAAUGCCCUUGAAAAGAUCAUAACAUCAAAGAAAAACAGAAAGGAGAAACUUAUACCAUUUAAACGGAAAGAGGCGCCCAGUGAGUUCUCUAAAGUAUGCGUUCUCUUAAGGAGAACCUUCAGGAAUUUGUCUCGGGACAAACUCGGCAUAGUCAUGCGCCUCUCCCAAAACUUGAUUUUUGGCCUGUUUAUUGCGUUUUUCCUCAUUCAUUUAAGUAACGACAUACUGAAAGGGGCAGUUCAGGAUCGUCUUGGCUUCAUUUACCAGUGCCUGGGAGCACCACCCUACACAGGCUUACUGAAUGCCGUUGCUUUGUUCCCAACUCUGCGCGCUAUCAGUGACCAGGAAGGCAAGGAUGGUUUAUACCAGAAGUGGCAGAUGCUCCUGGCCUACAUCAUACACAUAGUCCCCUAUAGCAUCCUCAGUGUGGUGAUAUUCAGUGCCUUCAUUUACUGGGUUAUAGGACUUUAUGCUGAUAUCCUACGUUUCGGAGUUUUCUUUGCCGUGAUUCUGGUUCCCCAUUUGAUGGGCGAAUUGCUGACUCUGGCUGUUCUCGGUAUAGUGAACAACCCAAACAUAGUGAAUGCUGGUGUGAGCUUGCUAAACAUUGCAGGAAUUCUGAUUGGAUCUGGAAUCCUUAGGAGUUUAAACGAAAUGCCUCAAGUGUUCCAGCUAUUAAGCUACAUUACGUACCAGAAAUAUGCUUCUGAAUUACUAGUCAUUAAUGAGUUCACUGAUCUGAAUUUUACAUGUGGUGGUGGAGCAAAUGUUUCUGUUGGAGUGAACCCUCAGUGCCCCUUUACACAGGGGAACCAGUUUAUUGAGCAGACGUUUCCUGGUGCCGCCUCCAGGUUCACCUUUGACUUUUUAAUGCUAUAUGCCUUUCUCCCAGCUAUGAUAAUCGGCUGUAUAAUAAGCUUUAAGAUUCGAGACAUUUUGAUACGCAGAUAG